CAUAUUCUUUUCAGGAUGAAGGUAUUGAGUUUGGUCCUUUUGUUUGCGUUUAUAGCCACAGUUUAUGGUGGUUACAUCAGCAGUGGUUGGUCUAGUGGUGGUGGUGGCGGAGGUUGGAAAUAUGGAGGAGGUGGCGAUGGAGGCUGGAAAUCCGGAGGCGGAGGAGGUGGUGGCGGAUGGUAUGGCGGUGGUGGCAGUGGCGGUGGAAAAAUUAUCAAAGUCAUUACGGUGAGCGGUGGUGGAGGUGGAUGGCCAAGCGGUGGAGGCGGUUGGCCUAGUGGUGGAUAUUCAAGUGGAUGGAGCAGUGGAGGAUGGCCUAGUAAAGGAUCUGGCGGUGGAUGGAAACUCGGUGGGGGAGGUCUCAGCAGUGGUUGGAAACCUAGUAGCAGCGGAUGGAGCAGCGGAUGGAAACCUAGCAGCGGGUGGUCCAGCGAAAGCAGUGGUUGGUGGUAAUGAUGUCUCUAAUUGUCAUUUGAGUACUCCUCUUGGCAUACCUAGUGAACUCCCAACUAUUUAACUACCAAUUGAUCAUCACAUUCAUGAGUGAUGUGGCACAGUUACCAUUUGAGCAUAAUCGAUAAUUAUUUUUAUUCUUUUAAAUAAAGUUUUAUAUUUUUUUACUUGAUUUUUUACAAGGUUUGUUAAAAAUUAUACUGAAUAAUAACAGAUACUUUUGUCCAAGUAUUUUUGUAUAUUUUUGCUUGAUGAAUAAAAAGCUUGAGAAGCAUA